AUGGCGUCUCAUUGGCUUCCAAACAUCGAAGAAUUCUUCGAAGCACUUUUGAGGCUAAUCGAAACAGCUGAAUUGCUAGCAACUGCAGCUGAUAGUUGUUCUUACGACGCAGCUGAGUUCCACUUCAGAAGACUAGAUGCAUACGAAAGAACGCUGUCUACGCUGCGCUCUCGUGUGGCCGAAAGUUUGAAUUGGGAAAUGUCAGAAAACACAACGACAACAGAAAAUGUUCCUGCGGUUAUUGCUCAUCUGUGCUAUAUUUGUCAUAGGACGAGUUUCCUCAGACAACGUUUUGAAGACAUAUUUUACAGGAGCAUCCAUAGUGAACGCGAAGCAAUUAAUGAUAAUCAAUCUUUGAGAAGUGAGCAGGUUGGUCCAGGGAGACCAAAGUUUGCGAUGACCCAAAAGCAACUAGAAGCUUUGAAUAACUGCAGUAGUGGAUUUAAGUGGAGUGAAAUAUCAAGAGCUUUUGGCGUGUCUGAAAGGACGCUGCGUCGCCGACGUCACGAGCUUGGUAUGACAGUGGAAGGACGACAAUUUUCAGAUUUCUCGGGCACGCAGCUAGACACAAUUGUUCGCGCUAUUAUCUGUAUGACUCCUAAUAUUGGAUAUAGAAUGUUACAGGGAGCUUUGCGGCACCGCGGUCUUCAUGUUCAAAGAGAACGCAUUUUACGUUCUAUGCAUCGGGUGGACCCUGUGAUUUCUACAUUGAGGAAUACUACAAGGAUCAUAAGACGGUCUUAUAAUGUUCCAUGCCCCAACGCCUUAUGGCAUAUUGAUGGAAAUCAUAAAUUGAUUGAGCCAUAUCGCAUAGUUGUCCAUGGGGGCAUAGAUGGCUACUCAAGGCUGGUAACCUAUCUCCAUGCAUCAACUAAUAACAGAGCAGAAACAGUAUUGAGCUUGUUUGAAUAUGCUGUUCAGUGCUAUAAUUUACCGUCAAGAGUCCGUUGUCAUCUUGGAUUGGAAAAUAUUGAAGUUGGGAGAUAUAUGCUAAAUGAAAGAGGUCUAAAUCGGGGGAGUAUCAUCACAGGCACAUCCGUACAUAAUCAAAGGAUUGAACGACUGUGGAGAGAUGUUAAUCGUAUUGUGAUAUCAAAGUUCUUAAACAUUUUCUUGUUUUUGGAAAAUAGAGGUGUUUUUAAUCCAGUCAAUGAGGUUCAUUUAUUUUGUCUUCAAUUGGUCUAUAUUGACUUUAUUAAUAUCGCUCUACAAGAGUUUGGCUCAUGGAACAACCAUCCAGUCACAACAAAAAGCAACCUUUCACCACGACAAAUAUGGGUUAGGGGAAUGGUAGAGUUGAGACAUUCUGGUUACAGUGCUGUUAAUGAUGUUAUUAGAAACAAUGCGUUUUCUUCCUAUGGUAUUUCUGAGGAUGGGCCUGUAGCAGAAGAUCCUUCUCAUGUUGUCGUUGUGCCGCAAACCCAACUUAGAUUAAACAAUGAACAAAUGGACUCGAUCCUUACUGUGAUAAGACAGGGACAAACUGAAGAUGAUCCACAUAGAAUCGAAUCUUAUUUAGCUGCUGUUGAACAUGUUUCCUUGCUGCUCAAUGGACAGUGACUUCGAACUUGAUGAUGUGCAUCAUUUUCACCUUCAGAUAACUAUUGUAACAAUAACUAACAUCGCUCAUAGAGUCUAACUACACCAGUUCCAAACCAAGUGAGCCAUACUUCAGUGCAACAUCCAUAAAUUUUUCAAGUCUUCAUAUGACUUGUGUUUA